CUUUAGUCCUGAGUUAAAUUUUUAACUAAUUGUAGUACAGUUAGGUAGUUCUCUGUUGAUAAUGAUGGGACGUCUGACCGAUGUAUUUGCGCUUAUAGUUCUGUUCAGUGCAAAUAUUGCGGCAGCGACGGCUUUUGAUACCACAACGUCAACCCCAAUUACUACAACUCACGGUGUAAGCGGCGUCUGUAUCGACGGAUUGCCGUGCAAAGGACCAGAUGACUGCGGGAGCCCCCUGUACUGCCAGUGCACCCAUCCGCCCAUGGUAACUAGCAUUAACAAUACGGGGAAAUGUUCACCCGUGACGCAAUCAGCGAAACCAGUAACAGCAGCAACAACGUAUCGCAUUCAAAUCCCCGUUCCCAGCUCGCAGAAUUCGGUUUCUGGUGACAUCGGCCUGUCAGGGAAUCAGACUUCUCCUUUGACCGCAGUUGCCGCCCCGAAGAAACCCAACCAAAAUGCUCCCAACCAAAGCCUGUCUAUGACAACGAGUGCAGAAUCAAUAACUGCGGUUUCGACGUUUCGUUUUCCAAGUGCCGACAAGCUGCCCGGUUCACCGAAUUCAGAGCAAAAUGUCAAAUCUCCUUCCGGAAACCAGGCUUCUUCACCAAACAAAUCUCCCAUCGCAAAAACUUCCAACCAGAAUGCCAAUGCUCCUUCUGUUAGCUCUCUGGUCGCUGGGAGUAGCGGUAAACCAUCCGUUCAGCAAAAGGAUACUCAACAAACUUCCAACAAAAAGCUUGGUCAGUUCCAAAAGCAAACUAAUAAUGCACCCGGUCCCUCGUCUACCCGCCAAAGACCUCAAAGCCACUGACGGCUAACCACUGAGACCGGCAAAUACGACUGCGCAGGAUUACUAUUUUAUUGCUUUCAUAUACGUACCAUGCAAGUAUGUUCAAUUAGCUGCUAGAAUUUACAAUCGGCCUUUUCCUUGUUCAAUCAACUAACCUUAGGUUUGCUGUAAAACGCGUUUGAAAAACUAGUUUUGUCCUGAUCUGUACACUCGUUUUUGAUUGCUGACUAAAUUAAGCUUUAUUAAGGAAUAUCUAUACUUCUGUAGUGGUACGAUACAUGCUGUAACAUGAGCACCAUUACUGCACAUCGUUGUGUCCCA